AAAACCAAAACAAUAAUUUAAAAAAACCCCAAAGAAAACAAUAUUUUCGGCCUCAUUUACAAUGCAAUAUAGACCUUCUAAUUAGUGAGUUAUGUUUGUGUAAGCGUGAACUAUGAGUGGGCUAGGACCCUCUGGUGUGUGGGCGGCGCAGAAGAGACUAGAGUCGUGGGCAAGGGCGGCUAGAGAGAGGACAUCCAGCGCCAGUAGUGGACAAAGCCAUAACUCCACCGAUAGUUUUGGCGAUGACAAAUCCCACAGCAGCCCCAGUGAGAUGCUGAUCCCGAAAGAGCAGUGUCGUGUGCAGCCGCUGAGCGAGGUGCGCACGGCCAGCUCGCUACCGCACGCGCGACUCGCUCGCACACCAUCCAUUUCCUCGCAGAGUAGUCUCGACAGCGGGACUUCGAGAGCCACUAGUCACCGCGGCUCGUCGCCGGCUAUCCGCACGUUCGCUCCGGACGGGCGCACAUUGGAAGCCGGGAGCACGGGUAUACCGCGCUCGCCGUCGCCUUUGCGCGCUGCCUCCCUGGACGUGCGUGCUGCUUCACAUGCACACGGCUCACUUGCCUCGCUCGCAGAUUCCCCCGUGCCCUCCAGCCCGAGACACGUGCCCCCGAGGUGCCUCUCCCCUUUGCUUAUGCCGCCCAGGCGGAUAGAUCGCAGCAAUUCGUUGGUGGAGAGCAGCAGUGGAGCGGGCCCUUUAAGUCCCAGCGCGGGCGCUGCCAUCAGCGCUCUAGGGGCCCUGCAGCCCGACCUCUACACCAAGCGGGAGGCGCCGCUAGUCAUUGAACUGGAGGGCGCAGGGCCUUCGCUUGGCAGAAUACACCUGCGAUUGAAAUAUGACUUUGACAGAUCUGAUUUGGAGGUUCAUCUAAUUGAAGCGCACGACCUAGCUGGGUAUGAAGCAGGCGGCUUUAACGACCCCUACGUGCGCGUCAGUCUACUGCCCGAGGUGGACACGCGUGUGCGUCAGACGCCUGUCCACAGGAACGAGGCUAAUCCCUUCUUCGAUCAGCACUUCAAGUUCCCAGUCUCCCAUGACGAGCUGGGUGACAAAACUCUACUACUUCAAGUUUUUGAUUAUGACAGAUUUUCGCGUAACGAAGUGAUGGGCUCUGCGAAGGUGCCCCUGUGCCGCGUGGAAGUGGCGGGCGGCGCGGAGGUAUGGGCCGAAUUGUCACGUGAACGCCGCCCGCCCGAGGAGCUGCAGGAGUUGCUGCUAUCGCUCUCCUACCUGCCUUCAGCAGAACGUCUCACUGUCGUCGUGCUCAAGGCCCGCAACCUGCUGCCUCCACAGGAAGGGAAGGACGCAUUAGAUGUGUACGUGAAAGUGUACCUUCUUGUAAAUGGGAAGAGAGUGAAAAAGAAGAAGACGAAUAGGAAGGAGAUAAAUAACCCCGUGUGGAACGAGGCACUCUCUUUCAGCCUGCCUUCUGCUAAUCUUCAAGAAGCUUCUAUUGAGGUGUGCGUGGUGACGGGCGGCGGCAGCGGGCUGGUGGUGGGCUGGUGCUGCGUGGGCGCCGCGGAACCCGCCGCCGAGGGCCGCCACUGGGCGCAGAUGGCGCACGAGACGCGCAAGGCAGUCGCCAUGUGGCACACGCUCAGAUAGACUGCCAUCACACCACAACUCACACUUUACAACUAUGAUCUUUCUUAUAUAAUUUUAGUAUUAAUGAAUCGAAUAUUCUAUAUUUCACGAAGUUGAACCAAUAAAAUUAUAAACAUUAUGAAAUCUACAAAGUUAAUCAAUGGAUGAUGUGCUUAACUACGCAAGCAAGGAGGCAGCUGUCACCUCCCCAGUAGAAAAAUCGAAAUAAUAUGAAGUAGACGUAUAGACUACUUCGAAAUACUGAGAUCCUAACAAUGCCUAUACAUCCACAUAGACAACUCAAAGUGCACUUGUUAGUUUUUUCCUUUCUGUAGCAUUACCUUUUGACUGAAUCUUACCUAGAUCAUCAGUUGGCAAAGCUCUUGAUAGCUUAACUUUUAAAUCACGACAGCUGUGUUCGUCUCGUUUAGUUUAAAAAAAACGCACAAAAAUCAUCUCAUUACUUCGUAGUUAGAAAAGAUCAUAAUUGUUAAGGUGUUUUAUCAAUCAUUCACAAACAUAACAUUUUCGAGGCAACGAAAGCCUUUUAGGUAACUUAAUUAACAAUCAAUCUCAAAUGUACUUGUAUAAAAUCUUUAUGUCCAGUGCAAACUGUGGGCUCGUUCCAUUUCGUAUCUUGUUAAAAUAUUUACAUUAACUUUAUCGUAAUUGCCAGUAGACGUGAUUACUUAUAUUUUAUCACGUUAUCAAAUAACUCACUCACCUUAACUUUUUAAUAUUAUAUAUCGACUGAGAACAUAUAUCAAAAUUGAUUGAGCUUCGGAA